AUGGCGCCGGAAGACGAGCAGGAAAUGGCCGAGUUGCUUGAGCCAUCCGAGAAGAUGGCGACGAUCUCCCUACCUAGGACAGGCUCAUCCUCCUCUUCGAAGACCGUGGAGGCUGAUGAGGAGAGUACCAGACAGGAAAGCAAGGAGCAAGACUUUUGGGAUGAGGCGACGGAGGCGUUGUACGACAUCUUCGAAGCGGGAGGAGCGUCCGGCAGCACUUUGGGAAGGAAGUUCCGUCGUUCCGACGAGUCAGAUGGAAACCUCGUCCACAUACACGCUCCUGCCCGGCCGUUGCUGUUUCGGCAGUUUCUGGAAAGCUUCGUCCGCAUGGCGCCGAUGCGCUUUCCCAAAGAGCAGGGCCUGGAGCAGCAGGUGCAGCGGCUCUUCAAGGAGCAGGUGGCUCCCUGCUUGAAGAUGGUCUCUGGAAGCAAGUCUGAGGGCGGAGGACUCAUCAGCAUGCUUGCCAACUUUCGCCGUCCGGCGAGCUCUGCCUUCGGGCUCUUCACACAGCCGGAGGUCAGGGAGGUGGUCUACGAGUUGGAGCCGAUGCUUUGGAAGAUCUUCGUAGAGCUGUCGGGAGAUGCUGGGGCCAACGAGGCGGCAAAAAGCAUCGGCGGCGGCGGGAUUUUCUCCGGAGCUGGCGGUCUUGGGGCGAACCCUUCCAACGCGAAGUCGCCAGAGGUGGCGAAGCUCCCGACGAGCCAGGCGACAGGGGCGAAUCGCGAAUCGGAGCCAAGUGCCCCAAGCUCAGCCCGCCUUCAGGCUCGGCUUCGCAGCUGGGGUUCGCCACUGCGUGAACUGCAUGUGCGAGCGAGGCUGACCGUGAGCCUACGUGUCAAGGACGUCCUCCGAUUUCUGCAUGGCUUGGGCUUCCUGCAGAACACUUUGAUCAAAGAGCAGCACCGGCCCCUUACCGAAGUGCUGUCGGGCUCCGAGGGGGACGCUGUCAACAACUUGCUCAACCCUUUGGGGAGUGGCCUAUCUCAAGAAGAGCCUCCGGAGGAAGAGAAUCCGAGUGAGGAUGACGAAGGCUCUGGCGGCAGCGCAGCGCCCGAGGAGGACGAGGACGUCGGCACCAAGCAGCUCCCCGGUCUUUCCAUCAGCUUCAUGCCAAAGGGCUCGCUGUUAGGUGGUAGUGCGAAAGAUGAGAAGAAGAGGAAGGACAAGGAAAAGAAGGAUAAGAAAGAGGAGAAGGAAGUCCGCACUCCGGCCGAAGACCUGGGCUGCAUCAACUUGAUGGUCGACGUCGUCGAAGUCUUGAGAAUUCUGGCCCAGGUGUUUUCACCUCCUGUCAUGGAGACCUUGCACUGGGAGCCGGACAACUUGAAGGAGGCUAGUGGGCUGGACGAGAAUGUGUCCAUAUUGGAGUUCAUGGAGACAGAGGUGACAUUCGCCGAGUUCAUGCGACUUCUCUUCCUGAUGGCAGAGUUCACGACGCGAAGGGACUACAAGUUCUGCAGGAGCGUGUCCUUGACCACCCGGCUUGACGUCUUCCUGAAGAAUGUCAUCACCUUCUGCCAGAAGGGCGGCAAGUACGCGCCGCCCGACACUUCAACGUCCGCCGCUGGCGAGAGCCGAAAGCGACCCGAGGCGAAGGCUGAAGAAGCUCCCGCUCCGGAUGCUACCAGCGAGGAGCAGUGGCUCGGCUUCGACGUCGAGGGAGAGAGCUGCGCUUUGCGAAGGUGGCCGGAAGGCUAUGAGAUUGAGGAGGGUCUCGGCCUCGCUGCCUUGGGGCUGUGCUGGCAGCGUGUGAGAGCCAAGCAGCCUCCACGUGCCUUGCGAGAAGGAUGCCAAGCUGCGCUCCACGCUUCGCAUCUGAAGGAAAUCCAGGAGCUUCUGCAGCCGAUGAUCAGCGAGAGGCGACUUGACAAGGCAAGAAGAGUCUUGCAAAAGAGAACUCAAGCCGUGCGGCUGGUCUUUCUGCGGCAACAGCCAGCUGAUGUACUCGCGGCUCUUCGGACCAUGGAUCAGUUCGCACUUCAGUUUGCCGAGAUCAUCGGCGAGCUGGAAGACCACCUAGAGAAGCCGGGCGAUACAUCCGGAGGAUCCCGGAACUUCGUCACUGUGCGCCAGUGGCCAGACCUGCAAAGCUGCACUCAGUCCCUGCGCAAGGCGGGCCAUCUAUGCGUGUGUCUUCGCAGUGGCGCUGAACUCUCGGCCGAGGGUCUCCAGACGGAGGCCUCCCUGGCUUCGCUGAAAGCUGUGUGCAAAAGGAGGCCGCCGCCAAAGCUCGCCGUUGUGUUCGGAGCCAGCGGAGUCGAAGAGGACCACGACGAUUACGAUAUGCAGGUUUCCUUGCCUCAGCGCGGAUUCGCGUGUGGCCUCUCUCUGAAUGUCGCCGUGGCCAUGGUCCUCGUGCACCUCAGGUCUGCCGGCCUUCUGAGCGGACGCUCGCUGUCGUCCUGGCAGCGCGAGCUGCUUUGGACUCAGUGGCUGGUGGAGCUCCAUGGCCGCGAAAGCUCGAUGGCUCUUCUGCAAGAGCGAGGUCUGGCCUCGCAGCUUGAGCUGCUGUGCGAGGUGGCGAAAGAAAGACCCAGAGACGCCGAGCUCGUGCCCUUGAUGCCGUGA